AUGGAUGGGCCGAAGGAAAUCUGCAUCCACUUCGAGCGACGUUGCCAUUCCCUGAUUCUUUGGAAUGAGGACGGCAUGUCGGAGGGCAAGCUGGAUGACAUUUUGGCCACGUCUACGAUUGUUCGACGCCCAACCGUGUGGUUCCUCACGAGUAUCAGCAGAACGCUUACCGAAAGACUCUUGCCACUUGUGAAUGCGUCCUUAAAAUUGAGCAAAUCGUCGCAACGCGUGCAGACUCUUACGAAGGAAGCGUUAGAUAUCCUUCACGAUGACGCCGAAGAGCGUAAUGACGACACUUUGAAGGACGAGUCGUCCAUCUUCGAAGCCGAUAACCUUGAAGAGAUAGCAGAGGAUCUGAAAACUGAUAUUCAGUGCCUCAUGGAUCUUGGCCGGCUUUUCAAAUGCCCAGUUUUGGAUGCUGAACUGAAACGAGCGCCAGCUGCCGGUGGAAAAAUGUCCACGAGAUGGUCGCCACACAAAAAUUACUGUGAUCGCAUCUAUCAGGGAUUUCCGGCCAACUUGAGGAUCGCCCAGCUUGACUUCUCCAAGGAUGCCAUCACUAAGUGGAGAGCCCAUGGCGAUAGACACAGCAACUGGCCUGUCGUAUACUUCCAACACGAGUUGUAUCGCAAGGGUUUCCGCAAAAUCUUUGAGCGACUUCGAGCCGAUGGCGUCUUCACGCGGGGUCUUGAUGAGAUCGAAAACAGCGAUCUGUUCAAAUUGUCACCGUUCAAGGCAUUGGCAGACGAUCAAGCAGCCUCGGUAGAGGAGAUUGUCAAGGGCCUCCUCACUGAUCUCGAGAGCGGCACAGACAGCAUGGUCGUGAUCCAGGGCGACCCAGGCACCGGCAAGACGGUGGUGGCCAUAUACUUGAUCAAGCUGCUCGUCGACAUUCAAACUUUCACCACGCUCGAAGAUUUAGAUAGUGACGCGCGGUUUGCUACUUUCUUCACUGACACCAACAAGGGGUUGCUCCAGGACCUCCGUGUCGGCUUGGUCGUACCGCAACAGUCACUACGAUCCUCCAUCAAAGCUGUCUUCAAUAAAACGCCCAGACUUCAUCCCUCUAUGGUCAUGUCACCCUUUGAAGUGGGAGAGGCAAAUGGAACAUUUAGUCUGCUGCUCGUCGACGAGACUCAUCGGCUUAAUCAACAUGCCAUCCAACCUUCGGGAGUGCUCAACGCCAAGUUUGCAACCAUCACGAGAGAGAUUUUUGGCGGCGAGGACAUCAGCAAGACCCAACUGGACUGGAUACGGGCCAAGAGCAGGCAUCAGAUAUUCCUCCUAGACGCAGCGCAGAGUGUCCGCCCUGCCGACCUACCGCCCGAGUUGCUGUCGGGCCUCGUGGCAGAUGCUCGUGCGUCGAGGCGGCACUUCCAACUCCGGACGCAGAUGCGCGUGCGGGCGGGAUCCGACUUUGUGUCCUACAUCCGCUGGAUUCUUGACCCUCACCCUCUCUCGCUUCCGCCGGUGCGACCCGAUUUCGGGGACUACGACUUCCGCACCUUUGACUGCGUCGCUCGCAUGCGAGACGAAAUCUUCCAGCGCGAUGCAGAGGUGGGUCUUGCACGCAUGGUCGCCGGCUACACGUGGGAGUGGAAGACGAAGAAGGACAAGAAGGCGUUCGACAUCGAGAUCGGCGAUACGCAGCUCUGCUGGAACAGCACACCCAUCGACUGGAUCUCCUCCAGCAACGCGCUCGAGGAAGUGGGAUCGAUCCACACGGUGCAGGGCUACGACCUGAACUACGUCGGAGUCAUUAUAGGUCUGGACCUGCGGUUUGACCCCACGCGGCGACGUCUCUUUAUCGAUCGCGACUCGUACUUUGACAAGAAGGGCAAGGAGAACAACCCGGCCCUCGGCAGGACCUACUCGGACGACGACCUAUUGCGGUUCAUCACGCAGAUCUAUGCCGUGCUUAUGACGCGCGGGAUCCGGGGGACGUACGUGUACGCGUGUGAUUCUGGGUUGCGGGAGUAUCUUAAAGGUCUCAUCCCAUUCCAUUCGUGA